UCGGCGGCCUCUAUCACGGCUCAAGGUAACGCCGCUUCGUUAUCCGCUUUAAAUGUCUCGAUUGUUUAGAGGUUUUCAUCAUAAUAACAACAACAAAAACAACGUUAAACGUAGCGCACAAUCGCCGUUCAGCAGGUGUGUAUCAUGCCCGUGGUUUCCGUCAACUGGUGACUCAUUAAAGUUCGCCGUUAUCGUCAAAAAUCGGCUGCCGGACGGUGUUGGGAGUGGACUUGGCCCCGGCACGGGAAUGUAGAAUCGCCGUCAUUUGCCACUCGGCCCCGCGCUCUGCAUGCUUGGUACUGGCACGGCGGUGCUAUGCGGCGUGUCUAGAAAUCACAGCAAUCGAUGACCGCGUUAGUAGUAGCAGCAGCAGCAGCAGCCUUUGAUAUUCUCCACUGCUGGAUGAGGGCCUUCACACACGCGGUGCCCUUCCUGACCGCCGUACCUCAACCACGCUGAUAAAGCAGUGAAGAGUGCCUGGUUCCGUCAGCUUGGCUGCCAGGCGCCAGCGGGUCAGGAUGGAAAAGCUGGCGGCCAGCCUGGUCGGGGGUUCUGGGGGCGGCACGGGAAGUGGUGCAGCUCCGAUGAACCGGCGCCAGCUGCAGGAGCUGGUCGACAACCAACGGGGGCAGCUGGAGCGCUACCAGACACGGUUGCGCGAUGUUGUGCGUGCCUACCGUGGCCUGGCGAAGGAGAAGGAGGCGCUGGAGGCAUCGCUCACAGCGCUCAGCGCUUCCCAGCGCGCUCGCCAGCGCUCCCAAGCGCCCUCGGCUCCCUUCAACGUGGGCAGCGAGGACGGGCUGUCGGUGCGAAGCGACGGGAGCACCGAGACGGGUGACAGUGGGGAGACGGGGGCGAGCUGCGGCACGGACGGCAGCGCCACGGGUCUGGGAGAAGCCUCCUGUGUGGGUGGAGCUUCGGAAUCGAGCACGUCCGUGGACAGAGGUGGCGAAAGGACCAAUGGAAAGGAAGAGUCCGUGGGCUCUGGGAAUGAAGAAAAUGAUGAUACUCGCGCUGGCGAGUUAGAGCAGUCGCAUCUGACCACUCUGACAUCCGCACUGGCCACGGUCACACAGGAGAAGUCUCGCAUGGAGGCCGCCUACCAGGCUGAGAAGAGACGCUUGCGCCAGGAGAUGGAAGAUGCGAGCGGGCGGGCGGAGGAGGAGCGCGCGCGGCAGGCGAACGAGGCGCGGAGGCUCGCCGAGCAGCUUGCCGAGGCUCGCGCCCGCGUGCUGGCUCAGCAGCGGGAGAGGGAGCAGGAGCAGGCUGACCAUGGCGCCAUGCUACGUGAGCUGCAGAGGCUUCUGGCGGAGGAGCGUGCCCGCUCCAACAACACGGAGGCCGCCCUUGAAGAGGCCAAGUCCGCACAGGCGAGCGUGGGCUCAGAGGAGGUGGCGUCACACCGAGCCACUCUCUCACGGCUCGAGCGGGAGCUGGAGGCCACGCGGGCGCAGCUCACGCAGUCCGAGGAGCAGCUGAGACGCGCCGUGUCCGCCGAGGAGCGGGCGCGCAAACAGGCGGGAGAGGAGGCCGCCCGUUUCGGCGCGCAGCUGCAACUGCAAGCGACUCAGGCGCUGGAGGCCGAGGCCGCGCUGCGGGCGCGUGCCGGGUGCAGCGAGGAGCGCGCCGCGGGGCUGGAGGAGCGGAUCGGCGAGAUCUCGGCGGCGCUGGGCGCGACGGCGCGCGAGCGCCAGCGCGACCAGGAGACGGCCGCCCGCCUGCGCGACUCCGUCGCCCGCCUGGCGCAGCAGAACGCUGCCCUCGCUGCUGCCCUCGCCAGCACUAGCGGCAGCACGUCGCUCCGUGAUGCCGAGCCCGCGUGUGGAGGGAAGGCGGAGGAGCCUGCAGCGUCGUCCACUGGAGGUUUUGCGGACAUUUCGUCGACUGAUGCCGAUGGAUCGUUGCUUGGUUCAGGGCGGGCGUUGAAAGCUGUUGGCCACGGAGGGGCACAAUCCGCGCGGCAUCCAGACGUCGCCUCGCUGGAGCAGGAGCUCGCCAGGGUGCAGGCCCUCCUCGCGUCGGCACGCGGCCACGACCGCGCCGCCAACACCGGCAUGAAAAGCGUCGACGUCGACGGUGAUGGCGGCGGCGGCGGCGGCGCUGACGACGAGGACGCCAACAACGACGCCGACGACGCCAUGCAGCACCCGCUCACCGACUGCGAGAAGGCGUCUGUCCUGGGCCUCCAGGAGGCGGCGCGUAGGCUGCGCGGCACCUCGACGCGCGGCUGGGGCCGCUCUCUCGGUGACAAGAGCGAGGUCGCCGAGCUGGGGCGGCAGCUGGCGGAGCUGAGCGAGCGGUACGCCGCCCUGCGCUCUCACUGCCAGGAGCUGGUGGGGCGGCAUCGGCGGGAGGUGGAGGAGCUGCGCGCGGACGGCGCUCGCGAGCGCCAGCGCGGGCAGCGCGAGCGCGACCUCGCCGAGGCGGCGUUCCGCGACCGAGUGCUGGCGCUGGAGAGCGAGAUGCACCGGCAGCGUGACCGCUCGCUCGCCCUGCUGGCGGAGCGCGAGCACGAGAUCCACGCGCUCCGGGCCGCGGCGCAAGCCGCGGGGGGCCGUGCCGAACCCCACGUGACGGCGUCAAACCACGGGCCGGCGGAGGGCGGUGUUGACGGGCAGGAGGUGUCUGCAGCAGGGUUCUCGCACGAAGCAUUGGAGCUACCGGCCCACAGCCAGGCCAUGCUGCUGCACUACGUAGAGCAGCUGUCCCGGCGGGAGGUGGAGAUGGCCGCACUGCGUCGAGAGAAGAGAGACCUGGAAAGGAGUGUGAGGGCUCUCAAGGAGGAGAUAGCUACGGCUGAAGAGAAGCACCAACAGGAGGUGCAGAGCCUGCGCGCCAUGCUGGACGAGCGGGCGCGCGAGCGUGGCCGCGAUGGUGCUAGCCUCGAGUACCUGAAGAACGUGGUCUACCGCUACCUGACGCUGGGCGACGCGCGCGGGAGGCAGCAUGCGCUCAACGCCAUCGCCGCUGUGCUGCACUUCAGCCCCGUGGAGCGGCAGGCGGUCGCGCUCAAGCACUCGUAGCGCUCGUAAGCGCUCGCGUUGCAUCUCCACGUGCGCGCGUGACUGCUCACGCUUUUACAUAGCAACAACAACAAACAAAGUGUGGUCUUCCGCACGUGACUGCUUGCGCGUUCACAUUGCAGCAGCAGCAACAACGACGACAACAAACCAAGAGUGGGUGAAUACACGUGUUCACAUAGUAGCAGCAACAACAGCAAAUCGAGUAUGGUCUUCCGCGUGUGAAUGCACACGUGUUCACAGAUCAACUACAACAACAAACCAAGUGUGGUGUUGUGAUUCGGGCCACGUGUUGAACAUUUGAGCAUUUCUUCUCUCAAGAUUUCGCCAGGCCCUACAGUCGACGUCUUCAGGAGUUGAAGAUGUGCAAGUACAUGUCGCACACUGCUCUGGGUACCUUGGGAAAUUCUUCUCGCAAGCUUGCGCCACACACUACUGCGGCUCUCUUCAGGAGCUGAAGAUGUGUAAGUACAUGCCGCACUCUACCGCGGGCAUCUUUCAGAAAUGCUCUCAAGGUUUUGCCACGCACCGCUACGAGCACCUCCACCGUUUCUUCUCUCAAGCUUUCGUCCCGCCCUCCUGCGGGCAACUUCAGGAGUCUCUCUUUAGGAGUUGAAGAUGCCCAUAAUCGUGCAUGGAAAAAGCAUGAGAACAUUUUCUAACUCAUGGCCUAACCCGGAAGACUAUGCUCGAGUGUCUACGGAAACCAACGUGCUAAACAAAUGAGCGCUAUUCACCACUAAGUGACGGUGAUCUGACCACAGCUCUUGUGCUAGGUGCAUGCGGUGCAUUGUGAGCCCAUCACGUGAAGUGUCGAUGGCUCACUGUCAAAAGGUCACAGGACAGACACGUGUUAUGCAUGCACACAAACAAAGAUGAAGAUCCCCCGUAUAGCCUUAACAGACUGUUGGGACAAGUAAUGUUAGCGAGCACCUAUGAAGGCCGGUACGGCACACAAAGGGGUGGGUGGCCACUAAGUGGCGGUGAUGUCACCACGGCAACUUGUGCCAGGCUAGGUGCACCGUGAGGCCAUCUGUAGUGUCGAAGGCUCACCGACAGGAAUUCACAGAACAGACCCUGGUGCCAUGGAUAGACUGACUAAGAUGACUGGCAGAUGGUACCACCUGUGCUCCCGACUGUGCCAACUUAGUGUGUUUUAAUUUCCCGGGGAUCUGCCCAUUGUGAGUGCCGCUCACAGGCCGAUCUUGACACCGCUGGUAUCAGUCAUCAGCAAGUCCAAUCACCUCCAUAUCCUUCUGUACCACAUCAGGCUAUCUCUUCAGUAGCCCGUGCCACGCCCAUGUAGCCCAAUCUAUCUGGCCAAACAGAAGCUGCUUGGGCAUUCAGUGGCUGGGCAUGCAGGCAACAUGACCCAGCUAAUGCAUCCUCGCUUGCCGGAGGAACUCACUGAUGGGACUGUGUCUAGAUCUUUGAGCUCCUCGUACAAUGCAGUGUGGUUAAACCCAGGAUGGAUCGUAGGCAGGCCAGCCUGAAUGUUCCAAACAGUCAUAGAUGUUGCUAUAAAUAGCUCCACGUUUUGCAAGCAUAGACACACAUGCACGCAAUCGCUCUCAGACACACAAAUAUCCACUUUUAUAACUACACUGUUGGGGUAAGUGCUGUUAUGAGUACCCAUAGUGCAAGAAGCAGAUGUGCCUCUAGCAUAACAUAUUUGCCAACUUUGUCAUCCUGGUGCUGUGUAUGUACAUUGCAUCAUAUACUCAUUUAGUAUCGAUUCAAUUUCGGGGAGGCCCAGACACCAUUUGCCAGUGAUGUUAUCCCCGGCUGGGAAUGGCAUGCAGAUCGUCUGGUUAAUAUCUCAUUGCUCACAUCCCUGUACCACUGCUGCCCAAAAGGCACGCACAUCAACACAUGCAUAUGCACACGUGGAUGCACGCACACAAGAAUACAAGGCCAGUUUACACUCGCACACAUUCAUGUUACACGUACUCAACCAAAUCUCACGAUAGUUGAUACACGCAGCUGAUGCCACAGAGAAUAGUCGUAAUAUAUUCCAGACAGACAAGAGCAACGGUGUGGAGAAAAAAUGUUUAGCACAUUUUCAUGCCAGCAUAGAAAUGUUUUUACGUGACCCAAGUUUACACUUUGUAAAUGUAUCAUUGGAAAUAAUAAUCUGUUCAGUUGUAAUGUAUUAGAGUUUCACACCCCAUGUUAUUACAUCGGGGUUAACACCUCGCGUAUAAAACUGCAAACUAAUCUUGAAACUGCAUGCGUUGUACACACGCACAACGCUGACAGGCAAACGUUAGCCGGCAUCUGUUGAGGGUCGCUCUGGCGUUGGAGCCAGAACCACACGUUCUGACGUCCACACUUAUAGGGGUUUUCCCCUUUUUUCUGGCAACAAAACUGACACCUUUUGCAAGGAAUCAUGCUUACAUUAACCACAAUGGCGUCAUCUGGUCGAACACCAUAUGAGACGAGGCUCCAAAGAAAGCUGUCUCUGGUGUGGACCAAUCAGUUUCAAAGACAAUGCAUAAAUUAUCAGAGUAUUGUUUUUUGUUUGCAUUUGACUGCCAGUAUUGUGGUUAAUGUAAGCAUGAUUCCUUGCAAAAGGUGUCAGUUUUGUUGCCAGAAAAAAGGGGAAAACCCCUAUUAGUAUAUUUUGGUACUGGCAAAGGAGGUCCCAUGAUGUCCACACUUGUCGAGAUAACUUAUUUUAGAUCAAGUUGGCCAAGAGGAAGCCGAGAGGCCAGGGUUUGAUAUAAAUUGUCACCAGGGCCGUGUGUGGCCAGGAAUUGGACCCAGGUUGUCAUGAUUGGAGCACAGUGCUCAAACUGCUGCAUUGUUGUAAAACACAAGAGGUUUUGACCGUUAAUGUCAUGCACGUGUGUGUGUAUGAACCUUGCAUUUCAAAACCUUAGCUUUACAACGUUCUCCCUAUUUGACGCUGAACUACGGUCGGGUCAGCGAUUGGUAGUUUUAGGCCAACAGUUGGCACAUGCUGACCAUAUUUUCAGAAUCAACAAAUCUUGAUUAGUUGAUUCAUAAAAUAAACUUUAGGUUUCUUGAAAUAGUUGAAUAAAAAAAUCAGAAAAGCCUCGAUGAGUCUUCAGAACUUUCAGGAGGACCUUGAUUGAGAUGUUAGGCGGAUUCCUUCGAGUAUGUUUUAAUGUACGUUGGAGGAAUGCUAUAUCCACCAAAGGGGAGCACUCAAGAAUCCACACACGUGUGUUUUUCAUGAGUGUCAGACCAUGCUUUGUGUUCGUCAAUGACCAGAGACUUUUUUUUUUACUCCAAGGUUAAGGGACCAGAUCCAACAUUCUGUAAUUAACUCUUCAAGAGGCAUAACUUCGACCCAUUGAGCUCUGUAGCUCUUUUUCAGAAGCGACCUGACCAUAAAUGAAAGCUCGGUGAAGUGGCUUAUCACGUGCACACUUAUGGUAGCCAAAUCUUCUAAACGCAUGUUUCUAAAUGUGGAGGGAAAAACCAAAGGACCCUGAGAAAUUCCACACAACCACGUGGAGAACAUGCAAACUCCUAAUAUAUACCGGCAUCAGAGUCAGGAUCGAACCCACGACCUACUGUGUACCAGGCGAGGGAGUUAACAUCUCGGCACCACAUCGCCUUCGCCACACACCACACAUUAGGCACGACUCGGUAAAUGUACAGCACGUGCUUUAUUUGUGUCCAGACUCGGCGCAACAUUUGCUUCUACCGUUAUUAAAGCUCCACUGCACAGCGCUCAAAGAGUAACCAUUGCCUGGCUUUAUCAGUGGCUAGUUAACAGCCACAGAACCGACUUUGUCGACGCAAAAAAAAAUCUCCAUCAUUUAAUUACUCUAGACAUGUCAAGAGUUUCUUCUGAUAAACCCGUACGCAUGUCCAUCGGCGAGUUUUCACAAUUGCCUUCCGACACUCGUUCUCUUAAAGGGAACUUUGCCUCAUCUGUGGAUGUGUUCACCGGCUCCGCUUGAUUCAUACAUUGUCCCAAGUAUUAGCUGUGACAGUGAUGUUCCAUUCGAAGUCAUUAAGAAGCACAUUCGUACCUCUUAAGCGCACUGCCACCUUCUAUUCACAGCCUUCGGUAAAAUACAAACAGCCAAUCUUCAAGUGCAUUGUUGUAAAUGCAUCCGUCUUGAGCCUCUGAAUCUGUACUCAGAACAGUCAUGGAAUUAUGUUGAUACAUGCAGUGGCUUAUAUGAUUAAAAGUGGAAUAAUGAAACUGCGUCUUUAUGUUAAUUUCACAAGUAUGUAACGAUGUUUUCGUACGAGGAUAUAUCACCGGUUUUUUUUAUCUAUAAUAAAACUCGACAAAGUGGUAUGUGUUAUGAAUGCGCUGCUUGUGGACUUAAGCGGUCAAGAUAAACAAUUCGAUGCUUUGUGAAUAUAACCAGGCUUUCCACAGCAGCAAUUGCCAACAGCGUGUAGACAUUACGUACUUCACAAACUAACAUGUGACGCACAAGUACAUGUAUACAUACACACAUAUAGAGUGCGAGUGUUAGGUAGUUGGUGGCUUAAGACCGAUUUUGUUAGACUGGAAAUACACAACAGGUGUGUUUGGUGAAACCUGUCAUUACUACUUUACACAAUUGCACGAUAGAAGAAACACUAGUCUGAAUUGCCUUUUUGUAAAGCGAUUUUACUUUUCAUGAUGAUGAUUAUUAUUACCCCACCAUAAUCGCCUGUACCACUGUCUCGACACACAGUGGCGUUAAGGGACUUAACGAUAUUGCAAUGUUUAUCACAGGCGUAUAUGCUUUAAGCCUUGCGUAGCGGUCAAAUUGUGCAGCGACGUGUUGUUAACGUGCCUUUAAUUUAGCAAUGUCACGUCAACAACGGCAACCACCGCUUGGGCACGGACCGCUAAUGGAAUUCGCUUCUCGCCUCGGCACAAAGUGACGGGUGACCAGCACCGCACCCGGCCGCUUCAACUCCUUCGCCGAGUAGCGGUGGAGUAUUUCGUUUCGGGGCCAAGCGGACCUACAGCCUGCCAGGUGAAUCUCGGCAGUAACAACAAGAGGCUGGAUCGGAACGUGGGUUUUGCUCAAUCUCGAGCACAAGUUCUCAAUUCGCGCACGCUGCCCGCUUGGCCGUAUUCUACCAUCGUCGCGACUUUAUCUACAGCUGCUCGAACCAACAUUCGUCGUGAAGGAAAACAGUCGCACUUCUCGUGGCAAAUUUAACGAAACGUCUUGUGGGGGGGAAAUACGAUGGCUCCAUAUUCUAUGUAGAGUUAUAUAGCGAUAAUAAUGAUCAUUAUUAUUUUUCGAUUUAAAGCUUUCGUGACUGCAGGGAUUCACCUUGGCUCUUUCGGUAAAGUCACGUAGAAAGGAAAUAAUAAAAUAAUUAAAAUAAAACAUUAAAUACAAUUUUACGUUUAAAAAUAAAACAAUAAAAUUUAACGUUUUAUUUUAUGAAACGUCGUAUGCUAUUAUUUAAUUUAUUAUUUUAUCUUUAUACGUGAUUUUACCGAAAGAACCAAAUAAUUAUUUUAUGAUGUUCUAUUUUUAUUAUUUUAUUAUGUUUUAUUUGAUUGUGUUAUUUUUAUUAUUUCCCUUCUACGUGACUUUACCGAAAGAACCAAGAAGAUCAUUAUUACUUGUUUACACAAGAAAACUGGAGUCUCGAGACUUUGUCAGGAGGAUGCUGCUUGGGUUGUUUGACUUUGGAGGAAACAAAGGGCCCAGAACAUCCACAUUUGACAAAUACUCAAGCUGCCCGACGUUCUCACGAGCGUGCACGCCUCGAUACUAGCGCUGGGACGUUUAGUCGAUACAUUUGCGAAAAACUGAUAGAUUGCUUUUUUGUGACCGAUUACUCGGGCCCAUUUAACAUUGGCGUCUACCCUGACAUCCCAUCCCCUGAAGGCAGGAAACCCCCUACAAGCCACGCCCAGCGUGACGGCGGCUGACGAUGCCAAUAACGUCACCCUGCCCAUCGCCUGCCGUCCAGCGGCACACGUGGCAACAGACGUGACGCUCGUUUUCUCCAAACUAUUUUCGUGACAUCCGAUUGGUCAAGUAAUGGGGGCGUCUUAAAUAAUUGGAUAUCUCAACUCUACUUCGAACCGCUGCCAACGUGAGGGACCCAUUUCACGAGAUCGACUAUUGCCACUCAUCCAUGAAGUCUUCCAACUACCGGCGUGCAGGGCGCGACGCGUCUCUUAAUCCCUUCCUCUUACCGCAAUGACUUUGCAACUCAUUCUCACCGUCUACCACACUAAGGGGCCGUCCAUAAAUGACGUCACGCGAUUUUGGACGAUUUUUUUUACCCCCCCCCCCCCCCGUUACACGGCGUCACAAAAAGUCAGACUCCCCCUCAAAUAUGAC